AGGAGUUUCUCUCAGUCCCAUGCCCGACGGCGUGUGUUCUCGCGUCGCAGCAGUUUCUUUCUCUUUUCUCUUCAAUCACGAACCAACCGGCGUACGAAGAAAGCUUUCCGGCCAUCUCGCGAGCUUUGCUCGGCGCUGCACGCCUUGCACCAGCGAGUCGUUCGACGAGCCCGGAUUGCCGCGGGAGUAAGGGGAGGUCGGGCGCCGAGAGUCAAACUGGUUUACAAUCGGCGGGACUGACUCUGUAGCGAGUCGGCGACAACAACCAGUGCGACCGACCCGCCGCCCCGGACAGAUCGGCUUUAGCCGGUCCCAGCGACGCAACAGGAGCUCGCGAUCUCGUCGUUCCGAGUGACACAAGCGAGUGAGCGACCGUGCAUUCAGCCGCAUAUACGUCGGAGUGAAGUGGCCUUCCAGUCAGCUGUUAGAGGUCGCGGGCCUCCCUGCUGUUCCUACUUGGACAAGUUUUAUUUCUAAUUUCAUUUACCGCGUUUUGAAACCACGCGCUUAGAGCUCGUGUAGCGAGAGGGGCUCCGAACGAGAAGCGUCAUGACUUCAUCGCUGCUCAAGCUCGUGCUGCUUCUGGCGCCGGUGAUACUGGCCUACGCUUUCAUAACCUACAUAGAAGUUCGCCUGCCGCUUCCGGGCAAGCGGCCUCCGCCGGGCUCCCCGUGGCCCGCGCCUCAGCGAUGGCAGUCGUGGCCGCUACAGCGGAGCCUGGACCCGGACACGUUUGCACUGAGCUCGGCGGCUGCCGGCUCGUGCGACGUGGUGGCCAAGGCUCUGGCUCGGUACCGCAAACUCGCCUUCCUCGGCGACACCCGAAGAGGAUCUGCAGGAGGAGAGGGCAUCUCGGCCGUCGUCGAUCACGGAGUCCUGCCCGCGCUCAGGGUAGAAGUGGCACACUACCAAGGACAGGAACACUGCGGCUACCCGCAACACAAGGACGACGAGAGCUACACACUCAACAUACCCGAGCAGGGAGAUGCAAUGCUUACGUCACGAACCGUUUGGGGCGCUUUGCGCGGACUUGAAACGUUUACCCAGCUUGUUCACCAGGAUCCUGUCAGCAAAGCGUUUCUUAUCAACGUCACCGUCAUCGAUGAUUUUCCCAGAUUUUCGUACAGAGGUCUGCUGAUCGAUUCAUCGAGGCACUUUCAACCUAUGAAGGUUCUCAAGCAAAACUUGGACGCCAUGGCGUACAACAAAUUCAACGUCUUCCACUGGCACCUUGUCGACGACCAGUCGUGGCCGUUGGAAAUGGCGACGUACCCAAACUUGACGCAGAGUGCGUACUCUCCGAGGCACGUGUACAGUCGCAAGGACGUCCAGGACCUCAUCGAGUACGCUCGGCUGCGCGGGAUCCGCGUCAUCCCGGAGAUCGACACUCCGGGACACACGCAAGCCCUGGGAAAGAUAUUCCCCGAUAUUCUCACGGCGUGCUACUUCAACGGCACCCGCGGGAAGGCCGACUACCCAAAUCACGCCGCAUUUGAGAUGCUCAACCCCACGCAGAACUACACGUACGACGUCAUGAAAAACAUCUUUCGAGAAGUCUUCGAGACUUUCAAGGACAAGUACAUCCACCUGGGCAUGGACGAGGUUUACUAUUCCUGCUGGGAGUCAAGCCCCGAGAUUGCCGAGUUCAUGCGGGAGCAAGGUUUCGACGCCGUCAACCAGGUGGAGCAGUACUAUGUCAAGAGAACGCUGGCCAACGUCCAGACACUCGGCGCCAAGUACAUGAUUUGGCAGGAUCCCAUUGACAACGACGUUAACGCGGCGAACGACACUCUGGUUGGCGUUUGGAAGGACUCGUCGCUGGACGUCAAGAUGAAACGCUGGCAGGACUACAUCAAGCCGAUCGCCCGCAAGGGGUACCAAAUGGUGCUGUCCGCCUGCUGGUACCUCAAUUACAUCAGCUACGGCCAGGACUGGAAGAAGUUCUACGAGUGCGAUCCGCGCAGCUUCGAAGGCACCGAAGCUGAGAAGAAUUUGGUUGUCGGCGGCGAAGCCUGCAUGUGGGGCGAAUACGUCGACGCCACAAACCUGAUUCCCAGGCUGUGGCCUCGCGCUUCGGCAGUCGCGGAGCGUCUCUGGAGUAGCGCAGACGUCAACAACACGGACGACGCCAGUUUCAGGCUGGACCAACAGCGCUGCCGCAUGCUCAGGCGUGGUAUACCUACGCAGCCAAUUUUGAACGGCUACUGCGGCGACUAUGAAUGGGAUCUGGACACCCCGUACCACAUCGAAUAAACACGCUGACGACCAUGUGAAUAACAUAUCUAAUAAUCUAUCUCCUCCGCUCUUAAUGGUGAAGUGAUCGAUUGAAGACAUCGUCACGAGUGCAGGAAGUCGGAAGCCACCUCAUUACCAGUGAGACUGCUCAGUCUGGAUGCAGAGACGGAAAUCGUUAUAAGGUUUUUAUAAACACCCCUGCUAUGUUUUGCACACCUGAAGAAAAUGCUUUAAGUAUGUCCCAACCUCUAAUAUGAUAAUAGCCAUUCCUGCUGCCACCGUGUGCUUCUAUCGCCAAAUUCUGAUGAACCUUCCGACUUGCGACUGUUGUUCGUACUGAAGGUUGCGAGCACUUCGGCGAUGUUGGAGUUUAUAGACCACACCAUUAAGGACCUGACAGUAGAUGCAGUGCAGUCCUCGUUUCUGGGUGUGAUGCUGUAAGCUGUAGACUAUGCUUGCAAGCGUCUCCAGUGGUGUGACUAUGAAAGCACUAAAGUAGCCACAUCGGGCGUAAACUUAAUGCACUUCAGCCACCAAAUUGUGCUUGAAGCGUGGCACUCCGGCUACAGAUCAAGAAAUGAACAAAUAAUAAAUGAAUAAAAUGGCAUACUGACAAGCUUUCACGCUUUUUGUACCUAGCAUGUAGAGUUCAAGGCUCGCUAUACCCCUGGGAUUACGUAGUAGUGCGAUCUGGGAAGUUUGCCCAUGAGCCAAUAGAUUGGACCAGCGACACAAGCAAGCCCCGUGCUCAACAAGCGGAAGCAAAGCCACCUUAAAGAAGCUUUAUCCACAUGUAGGAACCACCACUUUGCGGAAAAAGGCUAAAGAAAAUGAAUGCCUUCUUUUUGCUCGGUUGAUUGAAUGAUAGGCUCUCACAUAAUUCACAUACAUGGUUAUGGUAUGUUAUGCCUAUGGUCGCGUGCUUUAAAAGUGAUAUCUAAAUUAUUUCUGUGCUACUAUAGGGAGGAGCAGCAAGGUUGUUUGAGUCUCCGUGUAAAGAUAAAACAUAUUGAUCCAACACAAGCUCCCACAGUUUCCAGAUUCUUAAUAGAGGUAAAUUAGU